AGUGUAAACAUGACUUAUCCUCUGCUUGUAUUGAGGUUAUGUUUUUUUGACAACUUGUCAAUAGAAAUGGCGACAGCUUUAUCAUACGAAGACUUGCGCAAGCAAGCUAGGCACUUGGAAAACGAAAUAGAUUUAAAAUUGGUUGCCUUUAGCAAGCUCGGGGCUGGGAUUAAAGCUCCCCACACUAAGCAUUCUGAUACAGUGCCCCUUUUAUCAGGAGAGGAUACUUUUGAAGCUAUGGCAGUGGAGAUUGAAACGUUACUAUCAAAGUUAAGCCAAGUGAACGAAAGAUUGUCAGAGCAACCAGUUUCAGGUGCAGCAAUGUUGCAUACCCUACAAAGACAUCGUGAUAUUUCAGCAGACCUAUCUAGGGAGUUUAAUAAAACUAACUCCCAACACAAUUACAGAAAAGAUCGUGACGACUUAUUGAAAGGAUCAAAUGAAAAUUUUAGGUCUGAUGGAGUUAAUAAUAGAAGGGACAUAUAUUUAAAAGAAAAUCAACAUGCUCACAAUUCUGAUCGGCUGGUAAACGAGCAAAUAACCAUAGCAAUGGAAACCCGGGAAAAUUUGACCACGCAAAGGCAGCACUUGAAACGGCUGCAAACGCGAUUCAACGACAUUUCAAACCGAUAUCCGCUAAUAAACAGUUUAAUUCAGAGGAUUAAUCUUCGUAAACGAAGAGACUCCAUUAUUUUGGGCCUUUUGGUAUCAGCGUGCACAAUUUUGAUGCUAAUAUACGCUUUCCAUUAGCUAAAAGGAUUUGUGAUAGAGGGUGUUAUGUAUAAUCGAUUUGUUUACCUUAAAUAACCAAUAUAAUAUUUUAUUACUAAAA